UCAUUCGUACCCCGGGAAAGUUUCUGUUGUCUCGCGGAGUUCGUGACUGUGUGUGUAUGUAUGUAUGUCCCAAACAAUGGCAACAAUAACAGAGAAGACUCUACUGGAGAAAGGCUCUCCAAAAACCAAGAGACUCGAAGAGAUCAAGACGCUGAAUCUCUCCAAGCUCGGACUAAAAUCUCCAGACUUGCCGGUUCAGCUGCUGUCCCGUCUUCAGUCCCUGGAGCGCUGGGAUCUGUCUGGGAACAGACUGCAUAAGUUUCCCAAAAACUUGGAGCUACCCAAGCUGCGCUUUCUGGACCUCAGCGACAACCAGAUGGAGGACGUCACCUCCAUGGCGUCUCUGUGCUGCCUGGAAGAGGUCAAGAUGGAGGACAACCUUUAUAUCACUGUGAGUGACAAUUACAAGCUAAUGACAUUGCUGCCCAAAUUGCGGAGCUACAACGGCAAAGACAUCACCAGCACCGCCAACCACGUCCGCUUUGUGUUCACGGAGAACCUGAGGACCAGGAUCAUUGCCUUGUGGGGCAGGAGCUACAGCCUCCCAGAUCCCGCCACGGUGGAGAAAAUGGCCGACCUGGAGGAGGACUUUGUCAACACAGCACGGAAGGAGGUGAAAUAUGGACCCAGUUCGGUCAGCAGUUUCACAAAGUGGAAGGUUGAAAUCAUGGCCAGGGAGUAUCUGCGCUCCCUCACGGAACCAAAGGAGGAAAUGUCCAACAAAACCAAUGAGGUCCUAACCCCCACGAAAAGGAAGCAAACCCUACCAAUGACAAACGAUGACUUGCGACUGACCCCUCGUAAAAAGUCGCGCUGCGAUCCAUCCGCGCCCUCCUCGGCGGAGGACAGCCCUGGCAAACUGAGGCUCAGCCCGAGGAAAAGUCAGGCCGCCGCCGCCAGCGUUCCCGUCAGGCCCGCCACGAGGGCUCAGAAUUCUUUGACACCGACACGUGCCUCCGUAAAGAAAGAGGCUGCUGACAAGCGAAUGACACCGUCGAGAACAGCGGCGGUGGGUGCAGCGAAGGGUGGACUGAAGGAGGAGACGAGUGAUGAUGUGAUGAAGAGCAUCGACAAGACGCAGCCGGUGCGCCUGCAGCCUCUUCACGUCCUGCAGUGUCACAGCAAGCAGGACAACUCGGACGACUUCUCCACUCAGCUUUGGGCCUGUGCCUUUCAGCCGCAGCUUGGCGUCUCUGGCGGUCAUUUGGUUGCGACAUGCGGCGGAGACUCUCUGUGCGUGAUCGACUGCGAGACUGGCAUGGUGAUGAAGAAGUAUAAAGUGACUGGGGAGGAGUUCUUCUCGCUGGCCUGGUCCACGGUACUGAUGUCCCGAGGGGGCGGAGCCUCAGCACAGCCCUGCAGCAUCCUGGCGGCGGGCGGAAAGCGAGGCCUGGUCAAGCUGAUCCAUCCCCGCUGCAACGUUGCCUACGGCGAGUUCCGGGCGAGCCGCAGGGCGCUGUCUGUCCUGCGCUUCAACCACCGCCAGGGCAAUUUCCUUUUCACGGGCUGUUACGACAACAAGAUAGUGCUGUGGGACAUCGGCGGGAUAGACAGCAAAUACAACUUUAAAGUUGUGCAGUUGCUGGUAUUGGAGAGCAGCUGCACGCCGCUGCACAUCUGCCUGCCACCCAGCAAGCCCGACGUGCACCUUCUGGCGGGGUGCGAGGACGGCCUGCACUGCUACAACACGAAGCUUGCGCCUAACAGCGCCACCAAGAGGUCUAAAGAAGCGGAGAUAACCUUCCCUGUAUACGAGAAGGAAGAAAAAGACCUCGAUUACCAUACGGUGGACGGCCUCUGUUUCCUCACUGAUGCUAUUGUCGCCUCCAAGAACUUCAUGCACGACUGCAUCUAUUUGUGGAGCUGGAGCCGGACGCGAUCUCAGCGGCCCAACAAGAGCGGCUGCGUGCGCGCCGUCGUGCUGGCCGAGCUGCGCUGGGCCCGCACGGAGAUUCCUUACCUGGCGCUCAACACAUGUCCCGGUCAAUCGUACAUCGUGUGCGGUGACGACAGAGGCAGGUUGUGGACGUACCACGUCACAAACCUCCAGGAGGACAACUUCCAGAUGGGGAAGCCCAUCGAACCCACGGAGGUGCUCCAGUGGCCCGCCGUCGUCCGCAAGGGUCUCGCCCAGGUGGAGGGCCCGUCCAUCAACAGUGUGGCCAUGGACCCCGGCCUCCAGUACCUGGUGGCCCUCAGUGACAAGAACAUGGUGAUGGUGUGGAAGAGGGCGCCGUGAGCAACUUAAUACCACCUAUUAAUACUUCUUGAAAUGUCCAGUAAGAGUACCCAAUGUUCUUUGGGAUCACUGGUGACAUCAUGUGGUGUAACAUUAGUAGCCACUACUACAGUAUGCAAACAUGCAUACCACCACAGCAAGUUGUUACACAUUUGAGUCUUUUUUUUUUUUUAACUUGUUCUUCUCGUAAUCUGACUACGAGAUCCUUUUUGAAAUAUUUAAAUCUUGUGCAUCGUGCAAUGUUAUUCAGGAAAUGAUCACUGUGUGAUGCAUUGUCUUGAUCAUUUAGUCACUGUGCAUUGUGAACAUUUUAACAUACUGUGUCAUUUUCUGAAAACGGUCUGGCAUUUUCAUUAAUGCAAAUAAACUGCAAAUUGGUUUAUUUUGUAUUUGUCUCAUUUGGGAUUCUCUAGUUUGGUUUAGUCACAGUAGUAGAGCUUAAAGCUGGAUGCUGCAACCACAAUAAGAAGCAUUUUUCUUGAAUGAA